CUCCCAGCUAGCUAGUAGCUUGUGGGAAUUGCGAUGAGGACGGCCGCCGCCGAGCUGAAGCCGCGCGGGCCGCUCGCGGCGCUGUCGCUGCUGCUAGUCCUGGUGGUGCUGGUGCUGGUGGGCGGCGGCGCCGAUGCGCAGGAGGCGACGUGCGCGGGGCAGCUGAGCGGGCUGGCCCCCUGCGCGCGCUACAGCGUGCCGCCGGCGCCGGGGCAGGCGCCGCCCGCGCCAGGGCCGGAGUGCUGCUCCGCGCUGGGGGCAGUGUCCAGGGACUGCGCCUGCGGGACGUUCGCCAUCAUCAACAGCCUGCCGGCCAAGUGCGGCCUCCCGCGAGUCACCUGCCGCCAGUGAUGUCCAUUAGUGCGCGAGUUGAAGGUGAAGGCCGACGCAAGGGCAACAAGAAGAAGAAUAAAGAUCGUCUCUGAUGGAUGGUCAUCUAGUCAUCUAGAAUGAGCCGUCGUUGUUUAUCGGGCGUAGAGCUCUUGUUUACAUCAGUGUCAUCGUCGACCGUUUUUUC